AUGAAUCAAACGCGAAUAAAUGUUUUGUCAAGUCAAAAUGAUAUUUUAUCUAAAUUAAAUGAUCAAUUAUUAAAUGUUGAUGAUUCAAAACAAGCAGCUGUACGUAAUCUAUUAGGCGCAUCAACAUAUGCAACUGAACAAAGUGAAACAGAAUCUGAUUCGACGGCAACUUCUUUUGAUUUCACACCAACUAAUACAAAUCCAAUUGCUAGUUUACCUUCUAAUAGCAUUGAUACUACCAUUAAUACAGCAUUAGAACUUCAGUCAAGUGAAACACAGGAAACACCAAAAAUAACAAAGUUGGAUAUUGGUAUACAAUCAACCAUAACAACAUCAACAAUAGCAUUAGUUACAAUGACUAGUAGCUUUGACACUAACACUACAGCGGAGGCCAGUGAAAACGAUUUGUCCUCUCAGGCUAACAAUAUGAAUACAAAUAUUGUAUUCAAUGCGACAACAAUAACAAAUUCAAACAUUACAUCGGACGAUCUUCUAACUACUACGGAAUCACCAACUACAUCUGACAAGAAUUUACCAUUAAUUCUUGGUCUUACUCUUGGUUUGGGACUUCCAAUAUGUCUUGGCAUAAUUGGUGGUCUAGUCUACUAUUUUAAAAUAUAUCAACCAAAACAUUCUUCAGUUGGUUUCAAAAGCACUAUAUAG